AGAGAGAGAGAGAGAGAGAGAGAGAGAGAGAGAGAGAGGUGAAGAUGGAAGCUAGAGAAAGAACCGAGCUUUACCAAGGGAAGGUAACUCCUUACGUUGUAAUAACAUGCAUAGUUGGUGCUAUCGGAGGAUCACUCUUCGGUUACGAUGUCGGAAUAUCAGGAGGAGUUACAUCAAUGGACGAAUUCCUCCGAAAGUUCUUCGACACGGUGUACAUAAACAAGAACCGAGCGGAAGAAAACAACUACUGCAAGUACAACAAUCAAGGCCUAUCUGCAUUCACCUCAUUGUUGUAUCUAUCCGGUUUAGCUUCUUCUCUUGUGGCGUCCACCAUAACAAAGAAUAGUGGCCGUCGAACGAGCAUUAUCUGUGGUGGGGUCAGCUUCUUGAUCGGAGCAGCUCUCACCGCCUUAUCUAUCAACCUUACUAUGCUUCUAUUCGGCCGUAUCAUGCUUGGCGUCGGAAUCGGCUUCGGAAAUCAGGCAGUUCCGUUGUACCUUUCAGAAAUGGCGCCAACACAUAUGAGAGGAGGACUCAACAUGCUGUUUCAAUUAUUUACGACGACCGGAAUCUUGACAGCGAAUCUCGUCAACUUCGGAACUAAUAAGAUCCAUCCAUGGGGUUGGAGGCUCUCUCUUGGCCUAGCUGCAGUCCCGGCUUUCUUGAUGACUAUCGGAGGCAUAUUUCUUCCGGACACGCCGAACAGCUUAAUCGAACGAGGGUUCGAAAGUAAAGGCCGAAAAGUGUUGGAGAAGAUCAGAGGGACUCGGAAUGUGGAUGCAGAGUUUGAAGACAUAGUCGAGGCGAGUAGCGCGGAAAAUGCGAGCCAUAGUCCUUUUCAAGAGAUUCUUACGAGGAAGAGGAACCGGCCAUUGUUGGUUAUUGCGGUUUUGAUGCCCCUUUUUCAGAUUAUGACGGGGAUUAAUUCGAUACUUUUUUACGCUCCCGUGCUUUUCCAGAGUAUGGGGUUCGGGGGGAAUGCUUCGCUGUACUCGUCGGCUUUGACCGGAGCCGUGUUGGUUUUGUCCACGUUCUUUUCGAUGGGUGCCGUUGAUCGAUUGGGACGAAGGGUUUUGCUUAUUUCCGGAGGCGUCGUGAUGAUUGCAUGCCAGGUAACCACCGCAAUAAUUUUGGGGCUGAAAUUCGGAGACGACAAAGAGCUUUCAAAGGGCUACUCAAUCAUAGUAGUGGCAACAAUCUGCUUAUUCGUGGCGGCGUUCGGAUGGUCGUGGGGCCCACUCGGAUGGACGGUCCCGAGCGAGAUCUUCCCGCUCAAAUUCCGUUCGGCGGGGCAGAGCAUAACGGUGGCCGUUAACCUGCUCUUCACAUUCAUCAUUGCUCAGACCUUUCUGUCGAUGCUAUGCGCAUUCAAGUUCGGAAUAUUUCUAUUCUUCUCCGGCUGGAUCGCGAUCAUGACGGCGUUCGUGUACUUCUUACUCCCCGAGACGAAGGGCGUCCAUCUCGAGGAGAUGGUGUUUCUGUGGCAGAGGCAUUGGUUCUGGAAGAGGAUGACUCUGCCUGAAUUUCAAGAACCAGAUGCAGAAAAUGGAGCAAGGGAAAUCAUUUGAUUUUUUUUUUUUUUGUUUACUUACCAAAACUUCUGUUUUGUGUAGAUUUAGUUUAGUUUGUAGUAGAACUUUGAUGCAGAUUUGAAAUUAGCAGUUAUAGGAAAGGGCGGCAAAUUACGGCCGCCCAUGAUGUAAGGUCAAAUUACGAAAA